UUGAAACCGGCCUUUAAAUUUAGUUCGACAUUCUGUCACUAGUAAUGCUUAAAUCGCUAUGUUUGUAUUGUAACUGACAAAUUUUGAUGUUUGUAUACACGAUACUUUGAUUUUUAGUCAUUUAUUCAUUUCUUUUAACAUGGAAGAAGAUCAAAAUGACACACUUGGAAGAACAUUAAUAAGUAUCACAACAACAAGUAGAAGAAGAACCAGACAGUUUUUUAGUUUUCGAGAAAUAGACCAAAAUGAACCCAUAGAAUACGACGAAAGUUUCGAAGAAUUGGUGAAAAAGACUUGGACUUUGUGGGGAGUGUCUUCAUUAUUUAAUUUCCAAUAUGAUGAUGAGAUUAAAAUGAAAAUGUAUGCUAAGAAAUUGCGAGAGGAGGUGGCACGUUCAAUUUUGAAAGAAAACGUCUCAUAUACGGCAAAAUUUACCCAACUGAAUAAUUUUGGUCCAAAACCAAGUCCUAAGGAUGCUCCGGCAAUUCGGAUAGAUUUAUUCGCCACUUUGGGAACUGUAGAAACAUGUGUUUACACAGGAUUUUUAAUUUCUUGGCGAACUAGUACAAUUGAAUUAAUAAAUCACGAGAGUGUCUCUCUACCACUUCUUUUAUGUAAAGGCACUCAAAGUACAAUAGGAGCUGUUCAUUCGGUUUUAUCACGAAUGUUCGAUUGUAUUGUCACUCCAUUGCCAAUUAAUGAACACGAUCUUAAAUGGCUCACUGCGAUUAAUUUAAGUGCACUAGGAUCGAAGGGAAAAUCAAAAGACGAUUUGAUGAUCUUUGAAUACGUAGUGCCGAGAUUAUCAAUUGCAGACACUAUCAACGUCAAAUUUACCUAUAGGGACUUGAGAAAACUCUGGACUAAUGUCUGUGUCGGAGACGAGGAGAGUGAACAAACCAUUCGAAUAGAAUGUGUGGAAAAAUUAUUUAAAAUAACUAAUAGACAAAUGUUAGAACUGGCUGGUUUAAAUUUAGGACUAUGUAGACUUCAUAAACUUAGUCUACCGGCUUUUUCGAUUGUAGGAAAUAGAAUGAAAGUAAUGAAUGCAGAAACUCUUAAUAAUAUAUUGUUAUUCUUAAAUGAAAUUGCUUUGGAAGUCGCUCAUAUUUAUCCUUUAGGUGAUGAUUUUAAUUCGUCGUCAGUAAGUAAUGUGCAGAAUGUUGAGACACCUUCAAAUUAAUU